AUGAAUAAUCCUUUCGGUAACAAAUAUAAAUUGUACUCAGAAACAGGAUACAAUUUAACCAUAAGAAAUGACGGUACCAUUUUAGGCACCAAAGAUGAUUUUGACCCAGACGUUAAUUUGCAAAUCUUACAAGGCGAUGAAGUAGGACAUGUUAGAAUACAAGGUGUAUCAACAAACUUAUUUGUAUGCUUUAACAAGAAUGGAAAGCUAUAUGGGGAAGCUGAUAAAAAUAAAUUUGGCACCAUUUUUGAGGAAUCUUUCGCUGGGUCGUAUACAUCGUAUAGAUCAGUGGCUUAUCCAGAUUGGUAUUUGGGUAUUAAAAAAAGCGGUUUGACAAAAAGGGGACCGAAAACCUUAUGGGGGACACGUUCAACAAAAUUUCUUCCUAGAAGAUGGCAGCUAGAAUAA